CUGAUGUUCAACUGGCUGUGUUUGUGAACAUCCUUGGGGUUUCCCUCUUCCUCAUGGUCGUACUUUACCAUUAUAUUUCUGCCAACAAUCCAAAAACACACUAGGACAUGAGAGGUUGUGUGGAUGAGUGAGUGAUUGGGUACUGUAUGUGGAUAAGGGUAUUGGUGAAAACAUGGGGAAGAGAUAUUAUUGUGACUAUUGUGACAGAUCCCUUCCAUAUAGUGUAGAGGCUCGCAAGAAACAUGAUUAUGGACACCAUCACCAGAAGUUGAAAAAUCAUCACUACAACAAGUUUAAAUCUGCCAGAGAACGACUGCAAGAUGAAUUAUCAAGGGAGAAGUGUCGGCGUUUCCAUUCAGGGCAAGACUGCUCUUUUGGAGACACCUGUAUAUAUUCUCACCUUACACAGAUUGACAUAAGCAACCUGAAGCAGCAAGCCAUGGAAGAGGAGGCAGCUGUAAAGAGAUCAAAACUGCCGUCUCUUGUGAAGAGUGGCAACGAACCAUCACUUGAGUCAUGGCUUUCCGAGAGAGAACAGGUGCAGUCAGCUUCCAAUUAUCCAAUGGAAAGCAUUUCUAAGUGGGAACUGAAGUAUGUUAUCCCGCAGGCUCUUCAGGCAAUGUUUUGCCUUCCUCCAUCACUCAUCCCACCAUCAGCAGAGAGCUUGUUGGACUGUGAUUUUGUGGACUGGGGUUAAUUUUGUUCAUGCCAUAACUUUGUUUAUGGAUUAUUUUUGAAGAUUAAAUUUAUCAAAAUUA